AUGUACCAUGACCUCAAGAGGUACUAUCAUUGGGUCGGGAUGAAGAGGGAUGUAGCAGACUGGGUUGCGAAGUGCAACACUUGUGCCUUGGUGAAGGCAGAGCAUCAGGUUCCGGGUGGUCUUUUGCAGAGUUUACCCAUUCCAGAGUGGAAGUGGGACAGGAUUACGAUGGAUUUCGUGGUUGGACUACCUGUUUCGAGGACUUUCGAUGCUAUUUGGGUGAUUGUGGAUCGGUUGACUAAGUCCACACAUUUCUUGGCCAUCAAGAAGACAGAUGGAGCUGCUGUUUUGGCUAGGAAGUUUGUGCGAGAGAUUGUGAGGCUGCAUGGAGUGCCAGCUAGUAUUGUGUCAGACCGUGAUCCCAGAUUCACUUCAGAGUUUUGGAGGGCGUUUCAGGCAGAGAUGGGCACUAAGGUGCAGAGUAGGACCAUCCAUACUUUGGAGGAUUUGUUGAGGAUGUGUGUGUUGAUUGGGGUGGCCAUUGGGCAGAUCACCUGA